UUAUUUUUCUCGUUGCCAUUUAUGACAGUUUUUCGAGUCAGUCAUUGCAAUUAUAUAUUUUGACGUUUCUGGAAAGUUGGUUCAAUCACAAAAAUGCCUCCUAAACUCACCCCUGACGAGAAAAAAGCUCUGAAAGCGGAAAAGAAGGCCGAGAAGAAGCUGAAAGCGAUCGAACGCAAGAAGCAACUGAAAAGAGACAAGCUCGCGCGGGAAAUUGAAUACAGCAACCUCACUCUCAGAAGACAUGAGAAAGAUUGGAGACAAAUGCUCAUAAAUAUCUCUUUGCCAGCGAUGCGGAAUGAUUUGGAGUUCGCUUGGCAUAACUUCGAAAGAGUAAUAGACUGUAAGGAUUUCACAAUCUCAAUGUUGAUGGACGAAAUACGUAAUGCGGAGGAGCAGUAUCUGAGGAACUAUAGGAAUCACCUCGAGAAUAUCAAUAAGCUGAUUGAUUUGUUCGAUGAGAGAAUGGGAGAACUGCAAAUUGAGAAUGAGCGACAGAUUUCAGAAAUACGUCAACAUUUUGAGGAAGAAUUCGAGAAUGAAAAACAUGAUUUUGAGGAAGACGAAAAUUAUCUGAAAACCAUCAUUUACAUUUUAGAAGUCGCCAAGAAAACGCAAAAGCAAAACGUUCGGGCUGAGUACUUUUCCAAAUUAGAGGAAGAAGAUACAAAAAAUGUACAGCUAAUUCAAAGAGUCAAAGAUAUUCUGGAAUCUGGGCAAUUCACAAUCCAAACAGAAAUUCAAGACUUCGUGAAGAGUUACAAGAAUCAAGUGAAAGAAAGGAAAAAGCAGCACGAUGAUCUGCAAAUUCACGAUGAAGCUCUUCAAAAACUGCUGACUGAUCAACUAGAAAAAAUACGACACGCUUAUGAAGAUAUAAAAAGGCUCAAACAGAAGCUGAGUGAUUCUCAGAAGAUACUGGGACGAAGAGAAAAAGACUUGGAAGUAGAGUAUCAGUUUUUCAACGUGGCAUUCAAUACCUUGAAGAAAAAAUUGAUCAAAGAUCGAAAAAAAGACGAACUCAAGAUGAUGACCCUCACUGUAACCUACAACGAGACCCUACAAUUUUUAGAAAAACUGAAAGAAAAGGGAAAACAGAUACUAAACGUAGCUGCGGUUUGCAGAAAAUUAGAAACUCAAGAGGAAAAGAUACUCCCCUUUCCCGUAAUAAAUAUGAAGGAUGUCGCUAAACCUCAGAUGGAUAACGUCAAAGGGUACGUCCCGCAGCUGGAGUUUUUUUGGCAGAGACUGGGGCAAGCCGAUGCAUCGAGAUACGCGGUAAAUGAAGAACGUGAAUUUCUAAAAACCGCAAACGAACUUCUGAAGUUUAAAGUACACAAAUAUUGUCAGUGCUUAAAGAGAUCUGGCGUCAUUACUCAUUCUGCGGCGGGUUCUAAGUAUGUCACUGAAGGCGCUUUGGAACAAAAGAAAUACGAAAUGCAAGAUUUUGAUCAAUUCGCAACGAGAUCAUUGUUUUCUGAAUCUGACUUUGAUUGAUGUUCACGCAAUAAAGAAUAGUACCACUAUUAUAAUCAUUUUAUGAUAAUUUACAUACACAAACGAAAUAAAGUUACCAAAGAAUA